AUGAUUUCUGGAUGGUUUGACGCAUUUCGUGAAAAUGGAGAACCAACUUGGUUUCAUGAAAUCAAGCCUCCUCUUCCAACAGACAUUUUUAUUGUAGCUAUAUUUUGGUUAUUUUUAACACCAAUAACAGCAUUUUUAAUUAUAUUACCUGGUGUUAGAAAUAGAAAAGGAAUUUCUUCACUCUCUUUUCUUCUUGCAAUGUCAACCGGUGCAACUAUUUUAGUUUCAAUAUAUUAUCCAGGAUGGCAUCAAAGUAAUGGAAGAAUAUUUUCUUCCUACAAAUCAUUUUCUUCAGGAAAAAUUCAUGCAAAAAUUGGUGUUAAAAUAGGAUUAAAACAUGUUAAUAUAACAUUAACAUCAUUAUGUAAAGAUGAUUUAUUUGAAAAUGAAACAAUAUCACAAUUUUCAAAUCAAUUUUUAUAUAAUGAACGUUUUCAAUUUGAUGAGGUAUCAACAUUAUCAAAAGAAUUAUUAAUAGCAACAAAAAAAGGUUUACCUUAUCCUAUAUUAAAAAUUGUUGAGUAUCUCUCUGUUAAUGGUGGUGGUUUUCCAUGGGGACGUCAAUAUAGAUUAGCUGGUUAUUAUGCAUCCUUCUUUUUAUGGGUAGCUUUUGGUUUUUGGAUAUUAAAAUUAUUUUUUUUAUGUGCCUUACCACAUCAUACAUUUCAUGUAUCAUGUAUUGUUGGAAUAUCAAUAUUAAUUGCUGAUUUGAUAUAUGCUUAUAAUACUCCAAAAUCAUUAAUUAUUAAAUUUGAAGGACCAAAUAAAAGUGUUGUUGAUUUAGUUUUCAGCUUAAGUACUUGUUUUUAUUCUACACUUUUAGUAGGAACAGGAACUUUAAUAUAUGGAAUUUGUGGUUGGAUAAUGCAAGAUUAUUUUGGAUAUCAAUUUAAAACUUUUUUUACAGAUUCAAAUUGGAAGAUAGGAUAUUAUUCUCAGAAUAAUAAUAAUAACAAUAAUAACAAUAAUGAUAAAAUAGAAAUGGAUAGAAAACUAGUUGAUUAUCAAAAAAAUAACAUAUUUUCUGAUUGUGAAAAGAUAAGAUAUAAAUCAGAAAAUAAUCAUCUUUCCCGUCCUUGUCUAUGGGAUAGAUAUUCUCUCUCAAUACCACAAACAUUACAAAAUUGUAGUGAUAGUUUAAAUGUUAAAAAUGAUAAUUUUUCUACAUCAUUAAUUAAUGAUUCACAACUUUUUGGAAAAUUACCAGUUUCUUUAAUAUAUAUAAAAGAACAUCAAGUCAAAAUAAAUGAUAAUAAAAUAAAGGAAGAUGAAAUUAUUGCUUCAAUAAUAAUUCCAGAUGAUACCAAUGAAGAUGCAAUAAUUAUAAAUAAUGCCAAAAUAACACGUUCAUCAUCAUUUACCAAUGAAUCAAGUAAAGAAUCUAUAUGGACUGAGGAUGACUAUUCAACAUCAGAAUUUACAUUAACUUAUAGUACCAGUGGACAAAGUAAUGAAAGUUCAUUUAAAAAAAAUAUUCGGGUAAACGUAUGA